AGAAACACCGCCAACUCCUCCCCUACCGAGACCUCCUCGACGAACCCCUCGCGCUACAAUUCGAACGGCAUCAUGAGCAACGCCGGCAACGCGGGCAACACGGCGAACAACGGAAGAAUGGGGGCAGGCUCCCCUUCUUACGAGGCUUCGGCUGGCAGUCGGCUAUUCUCCAAAAGGAUUGUGCAAUAGAGCUCGCGAGAUCCAGGUGGAAGAAGGUGUCGCGCCUCCGAGUCUUUGGGGACCAAUGUCAACCGGGACUUCGUCCUCGUCGCUCCGCGAUCGCGAGAACAUCAUACCCGAGUCCCCGCAGUCUAAUGGCUUCCCCGAACCAACCCCCGUAACGAACACAGAAUUCCAGUCACCUGUCAUCCGCCGUGCUCGCGCCGGAACGGUUCCAUCGAGGUUCUCUCCCGGUGGCAUGUCUACCACUCCCCCGUCGAUCGCAAGCAUUCCCUCCACGAGCCGACCGUCGCCCGCGCCGAGUCCCUUCAAGGCCAAUCCUCCGCAGACCACCGAUAUCAAUGAACUGCAGCCAUCCGUCACCGAGACCAAGUCGAGGCUCCGAUCCGGAUCGCUCAACAUCCCGCCGCGUACUAAUUACGUUAACCCGUUCGGUCCCUCGAUAUUUGCCAGCUCUUGGUCCCAGACCCGCGAACGAAGCCACACGAACUCGGGAUUGCCGCAAAUUCCAUCAUCGCCCGCUCAUUCGUCCUUCUCCAAGGAUGACGAAGGUUCUCAUAUGGCGCCCAGGACGCUGGACUAUCUUGGACUCGUCGAUACCCCCCAGACCUCGAGGGCUACUAUGGCUAGACCUACCGGCUUGGAUAUCCUGAUGGAGGGCCAGCGUGCCGCGGCAGCGAUGCAACCGUUCCUUACCGACCUCACGGGAAUGCAGCGGCUCAACCGCAUGCGUUCAUACUCCGUCAAUGCGAAGGAGAAGUAUGCUGCCGACGAAGAGGAAGAGGAGGAAUCGAGACACAUGUACAGCGGUCAGCACAGCGGCACUGCCACUCCUCAGGGUGGUAACCUUGGGGCCAUGGCCGCUCAAGCCCAGGCGCAUGCACAUGCAUUGGCUGUCGCCGCUUAUGCUAGUAACUUGCAAAGUAUGAACGCUAUGAACAUGAACAUGAACAGCAUGAAUAGCAUGAACAGUAUGAACAGCAUGAACAGCCUGCCGACUCCAAGCAGACCCAGAGCUCGUACCGCCGGUGUUCUCGAUUCGCCACCCGCCAACCGUCUGAAGAGCUACCUCGCUACACCGUCAAAGCUUGACUCCAUGACGAGUGCCUCGGAUCUUCGGAACGAGUACUUUGAUAUUUCGAGCAGCUUGGAGGCCUUGAAGUUUGCUGCCAUGAACCCACGGCCGUCGAGUGGAGAAGGUGGACUUGCUUCCAUCGAAGAAUCUCAGCUCGAGGGACCUACUCGUUCUCUAUGGCUGGGCAACAUCCCGGCUUCCACGACUACGACUUCGCUCGUCCAUAUUUUCCAGCCAUUCGGUACCGUCGAGUCGGCUCGUGUCCUGACCCAUAAGAACUGUGGAUUUAUCAAUUAUACCACCACUGAACACGCCAUUCAGGCCCGUAUUGCGCUGAACGGAAAAGAAAUCUUCCCCGGUGCCGGACCUACUCGUAUCGGUUUUGCGAAGCCGUCGUCUUCUGGAAGCAACGGAACCCCUACUCCCAAUGGAGGAGCCUAUGGAUCGCCGAGUCCGGGCCCCAAUGCGGAGGCCUCGAACGAAGGCGGAAUCCCGUUGUCGAAGGGAGCUAGCAGCACCGGCGUCAACGGCACCGAUGGUGGUUCCGGGACCAUGGAGUUGGAGUUGCCGAGACUUCAGGACCUUAAGGAGGAUAUCCUCAAGAUUGUCGAGGAAUUUGGCGCCGAGAAGGAGGAUGUCGAUAAGAUCGCCCAAUGCAUCGAAAACGCCAUUGGAUUCAACGACUUCGCGCCCGAGAUCCCGACUAUCCCCGAGCCCAGCCACAAUCGCAUACACGAUGCACCCAAGUUGCGCGAGAUUCGUAAGAGAAUCGACAACGGCAACUGCUCUCAAUCCGAGAUUGAGGAAAUUGCCCUUGCCAUGCUGCCGGAGGUUGCAGAGUUGUCUAGCGACUACCUUGGAAACACUGUGGUUCAGAAGCUCUUUGAGUUUUGUUCCGAGGAGAUUAAAGAGACGAUGCUCGUCGAGAUUGGCCCCCAUCUAGCUGAAAUAGGUGUUCACAAGAAUGGUACUUGGGCUGGUCAGAAGAUCAUCGAUGUCGCGAAGACGCCUGCACAGAUGAAUAAAAUUACCGACUGCCUCAGGCCCUACACGGUCGCCCUAUUCCUCGACCAGUAUGGAAACUAUGUUCUUCAGUGCUGUCUCCGUUUUGGUACUCCGUACAACGAUUAUAUCUUUGAGACCAUGUUGAGUCGCAUAUGGGAGAUCUCUCAGGGCCGAUUCGGAUCCAGGGCCAUGCGCGCUUGUCUGGAGAGUCACCAUGCCAAUAAGACUCAGCAACGCAUGCUCGCGGCCGCCAUCGCCCUGCACAGUGUCCAGUUGGCGACCAACGCCAACGGUGCUUUGCUGUUGACCUGGUUCCUGGACACCUGCAACUUCCCGAAGCGUCGAACCGUGCUUGCGCCUCGUCUGGUCCCUCACUUGGUCCAUCUUUGCACGCACAAGGUAGCCUACCUGACCGUCCUGAAGGUGAUCAACCAGAAGAACGAACCGGAGGCUCGCGAUACCAUCCUCAAGGCCCUUUUCUUCUCUCCCGGAGACAAGGUUUUGGAGGACAUUCUCAAGGACCAUCAAUGCGGAGCGACCCUCAUCUUCAAGGUUCUCACCACGCCGUUCUUCGAGGAAUCGAUGCGCACGGAAGUGGUACAGAACGUUCGAAAUGUUUUGCUCAAGUUGAAGGCCUCCCCGCCCCAGGGAUACAAGCGCUUGAUGGAUGAAGUUGGAUUGUCGACCCGUAACGCCAACAACGCCACUCCUGGCAAGGAGCGUGAUGUUAGCGCCAAUGGUACUCCCAGUGAACGCCGCUCUUCGCAGCACUCUCAGCAGACCAGCAGCAACGCCAAUACCCCCACUCAUCGCACCAUGGGUGACAAUGGCGUCCAGGCACAGGGUUUCUACGGUGGUUCUCCGGCUAUGUACGAUCCUGCCGUUCUCGCCUCGGCCGCGGCCGGACAGUUUCCCCAGGCUUCGCAGUUGGAUCAGCAAACUCUGAGGGCCUUGGAACAGAUCAACCUCAACUCCAUGUAUGGAGCUGCCGCACCUAGCAUCGGAUCACCGGCCUUCCAGUACCAGCUCUUGCAGCAGCAGAUGGCGGCCGGACGUGGAGGACCUGGGUUCUUUGGUAUGCCGGGUGUAGCCGGAUUCAACGGUCAGCAGGGUGGUGAUCAGUUCCGGGGAGCGCAAGGAAACUCGCCCAUGCCGCCACCUGGAAUGGGAAGCCCAAUGCUCGGAGGAAUGGGCAUCACGCCAGGAUUCAAUCCCCUCGUCGCUCAACAGUUGAUGAACGGAUAUGGAUACGGCGGUAUGCCGUUGUUCCCUCAGCAGCAGCAACAGCAGCAGCAACAGCAGCAAGUACAGCAGCAGCAAGUACAACAGCAGCAGCAGCAACAGCAGCAGGGUGGCGGUGGUGGACACGGUGGUGGUCGACGGGGUGGACGGGUGAGUGCUACCAGCAGGACCAUCUGGCGUAGCAGCGAACGCGAACUGACAAGUGGCCUGUAGCGUUAAAUCGUUUGCUUUAUCUCGUUUUAAAGUAUUGCUAUUUUGAUGGGCUGCCAGAAAGUCAAGAGUUGAGCGGAUAGCGACGGUGGUAUGUACAUGAUACGACACUAU